GUCGUUUUCUUGGACGCUAAAGAAUCGGACCGCUCAGCUCUGUAAAGUACAUUCCUACCGACCACAGAUGACAGCUGGCAGCAUAACAAGCGAUUACUCAUUGGUUUAGUUUACCAGCGCCAAAGCCCAGACAGCCAGAGGUAGCCUUUGAUUGCCAUUGAAUUACAUUGUCAUAAGCAGGCUUCUUGGGAGUACCAGCCCAACGCUUUGAGGUAGCAAACAGAAUGGAUUUGGACCGGAGUCGGGUUGGGAACGCUGAACAAGAUGUAGGAAGUUAUGAUAUUGGCUCGUUGGUUUACGUUGACCUUCACAAGCCCAGCUGUCGCGUUGUGUUUGACCAAGGUCAGCCUGAAAUGUCAUCUUGAAAGGCCAGAGGUGCUUGAGAAACCCUCCCGAGAGCCGGGUGCUCCAGGAUCAUCGAGAAGAAACUGAAAACCGCUGGACGAGCCAUCUUGACGAUGCCGCUGAACGGUUGACCGCUGGACGCCUGCACUUCUUCACCCGUCUCCCCUCUAGGUGCGACCGGCCGGAGCCCGAGAGCAGCUGGGUGUUCCUGAGGAACCAGCCAGAGAGAGAGAGAGAGAGAGCGAGAGAGAGAGAGAGAGAGAGAGAGAGACUCAAACUCUGAACCCGGAUAAUGAGCAGACAAGAAGACAGAACCGAAUUGAGUUGGGUUUGAUGACAAGGAUCUGAAGAAUUGAUUGAUUGAAGAGUUGGAACUCAAGAAUUGUGACGUGAUAGAAGAGUGAAUAAGAGUAUUCCGAAAGGAUCUGGAUGUGAAUAAGAAGAAAAACUUCUAAGAGAUAAGACACGACAAGAAAACGCAAAGAUGGGGAGAAAGAAGAUUCAGAUAGCACGGAUCAUGGAUGAACGCAACCGACAGGUGACGUUCACCAAACGUAAGUUCGGCCUGAUGAAGAAGGCGUACGAGCUGAGUGUGCUGUGCGACUGCGAGAUCGCCCUGAUCAUCUUCAACAGCACCAACAAGCUGUUCCAGUACGCCAGCACCGACAUGGACAAGGUCCUGCUCAAAUACACAGAGUACAACGAGCCGCACGAGAGCAGGACCAACUCGGACAUAGUGGAGACGCUGCGUAAGAAGGGUCUGGGCGGCUGCGACAGCCCUGACAUCGAAGCUGAUGACUCUGCGGGCCAGAGCCCAGAGUCUGACGACAAGUACCGCAAGAUAAACGAUGACAUCGACCUCAUGAUCAGCCGGCAGAGACUCUGUCAGGCCAUGCCCCAAUCUAACUACGACAUGGGUAUCUCCAUCUCAGGCAACAACCCCGGUGGACUGCUGUACACCCACCAGACUGUAGGGGGCACCCUGACAAACCAUAACCUUCUGCCCCUGUCUCACACACACCCGUCUCUACAGAGGAACAGCCUGUCCCCACAUAGACCCCCCAGCACUGGAAAUACUGGAAUGAUGGGCCAGGAGCUGUCAAACUCUGUCGUCUCAAGCAUUGGUAAUGUGGGCUAUGCUAACCACUGUGGCUCCCCUGGUCUGAUGUCCCCUGGAGGACUGACCAAAAACAUGCAGUCAAAGAGCCCUUCCCCCAUGACUGUGAACCGCAAGCCUGACCUCCGACCCCUGCUGCCCCCCGCCAACAAGAACAACAUGGCCUCCAUGAACCAGAGGAUAAACCACUCCCAGACUGGCCAGACUCUGACAACACCCGCCGUCUCCAUAGCAACCCCGGGCCUCACUGGCCAGGCCAUGGGGGGUUAUCCCUCCCCACUGUCCAGCUCCUAUGGCACAGAGUACUCCCUGGGCGGGGACCUGUCGUCUCUGUCUGGGUUCGGGGGCUCGGGUCUGGGCUCGGUUACAAACUGGCAGCAGCAGCAGCUCCAGUCCCUGCAGCACUCCACCAUGGGGCACAUGGGAACGCUGUGCCAGAACUCCAACCUGAACCUGACCUCGGCUCACCAGAACCUCCACAUCAAGUCCGAGCCGGCGUCCCCUCCUCGUGACCGCGGCGUCGGCGGGGGGAUGGCCAACCCCCGGCUGGGCGGCAACGGCCUCCUCCCCAACAACGCCGGCUACUCCGCCGCCGGCGCCGGACGGGCGCCGGGGGACUCCGGCCACUCGCCGGACGACAGUGCGUCCAGCUGCGGCAGCUCGUACGAAGGCGCCGACGACCGCGACGAACACCUCCGCGGCAACAACGACAACGGCAACUGUAACUCCUACCUGCUGCAGCCGCUGUCCAGCCAGGAGGGCCACCACAGUCCCACGCUGAAGAGGAUCCGCCUGUCCGAGGGGUGGGCCACAUGAUGGAGCCCCGCACUCCGUAGGGGGGCCACGGCUGACACCGC